AUGAAAGACCUCACAACAGAGAACAUCACGGAAAAUGUUCAUGCCAUCAACAAACAGUAUGUUGGCCAAAUAAGCACCGAUCUUAGAAGAGAGAUGAUCCUGCUGUCAGACACAUUAGGACUGAGCGCUCUAGUUGACGCGAUCGACCAUCCACGCACCGGAAAAUCGACCGAAGGCACUGUACUUGGCCCCUUCCAUACCCAUGACGCACGCGAAGUGGAGAACGGUUACGCUAUCCACAAGGACCCCGAUGGAACUCCUCUGCUGGUCCUUUGCACUGUCAAAGAUACCGUAGGCAAUCCGCUCGAAGGUGUCCAGAUUGAUGUAUGGGAAGGCGACUCGCACGGAAAUUACGACGUUCAAUAUCCGGAUAGGGAUGGACCAGAUGGCAGAGGAAUCCUGUUCUCCAAGCAGGAUGGAACCUUCUGGUUCAAGGCGGUGAAGCCUGUCUCAUACCCGAUACCAAUGGAUGGACCCGUCUUCAGCAUGCUUCAAAUGUUGGGCAGGCAUCCCAACCGACCUGGCCAUGUUCAUUUCCUGUUGAAGAAAGACAGCUUCGAUCCUCUGAUCACUNNGCUUUGUAUCCUCGUGGCGAUCCAGAUGGCUCAGAAGUACGGUGUCGAGGAAGGAACGGCUCUUUUGACUUACGACUUUGUGCUGGUAACGGUGAAGGAAACGCUGAAGCUGCGCAAGGAAAAGGCUGAAGAAGCCAUAAAGAAGAUGGGCAGAAGCAUGGAAGAUUUCCAAGGCUUACCGAUAUUGGAGGUCGAUUGA